AUGGCUUCUAAAAAAUUAAAAUACAAGACAGAUUUUGACAAAUGUGUUUUAACAGAUAAUUUUGCUGCAAGAGGAUGGACUAGAUGUGGUGAUAAAGAUGACGAUGAUUGGAACAUUUAUUGGGCAACUGUAUGGAAUGUGAGAAAUAUUUUCAAUCCUAAAUCAGGAAUUAGAUUAAAUGAUAUGCAAAUUAUAAAUCAUUUCCCAAAUCAUUAUGAAUUGACAAGAAAAGAUCUUAUGGUAAAAAACUUCAAGAGAUAUAAAAAAGAAUUAGAAAAAGAGAAUAGUCCUUAUUGCUAGAAAGACGAAAAUGGAAAUUAUCUAUAUUUAGAUUUUAUUCCAUAAACAUUUACUCUUCCUGGUGAGUAUUCACUCUUUGUUGAAGAAUUUCAUAGAAAUCCUAAUGCAACUUGGAUUGUUAAACCAGCAUCACGAUCUCAAGGAAAAGGUAUUUUCUUGCUUAGAAAAAUACAGCAGUUGAAGAAAAUAGGAGGAGGAACUAAUAGCAAUCCUCUGCAGGCAUUUUCUCUAAAAGAAGCUUAUGUUGUUUCUAGAUAUAUAGAUAAUCCAUUGCUUGUUGGAGGGAGAAAAUUCGAUUUAAGAAUAUAUGCUCUUGUUACCUCUUAUCGUCCUCUUAAGGUUUAUUUAUACGCUAUGGGAUUCGGUCGUUUUUGUAAUGAAUAGUAUACUCAAGAUAUUGCUGAAAUGGAUAAUAUGUUUAUUCACUUAACAAAUGUUGCUAUUUAAAAGUUCUCAGAUAAGUAUUCUGAAAAACACGGAGGAAAAUGGUCAUUACAGUCUUUAAGGUAUUAUCUAGAAAUGGUUUAUGGUACAGAUAUGGCUAAUAAAUGUUUUGAUGAUAUAAACAAUAUAAUUAUAAUGAGUUUGAAAUCUGUUUAAAGUAUAAUAAUAAAUGAUAAGCACUGUUUUGAGAUGUAUGGCUAUGAUAUAUUAAUUGAUGAAAACUGCAAACCAUGGCUUAUUGAAAUAAAUGCUUCUCCCUCUUUAACUGUUACAGGUAAAAUUGAUAAAGAACUCAAAACUGAACUGAUUAAAAAUGUAUAUUAAAUUGUCAUUCCUGAUGAUUGGAAUGAUGAUAGUUCUAAAACUGGUGCAAACACUAGCACAUAAACAAAAGUUGGAGAUUUUAAUAUUCUAUAUGAUGAGGCCUAAGAAAAGAAAAUUAGUUAGUAAUAAUAAUAAUAAAAAAAGAAUAUAAAUAGUAAAACAAUUUGGAAAUGA